AUAAUCCAAAUACCUGUCGCGUGUUGCCUGCGUCACCGUCGUGCUGUCGCCUCAGUGCUGCGUGCAUGGCUCGGAAUGGCGGGUUCUUUUUCACAAGCGCUUGAAGAACUUCUGAACCCUGAGCCCACAUUCAUAGAUCCGGAGGAUCACGACGUUCAGGAGUCCACGCGAGCGCGCGUAAUCCACAGACCUAACGAUGAAGAGGAGAAGGACGAAGACGAACAACACGCCACGAGCGCGCUGCGGAUACGCAACUGCGAUCCGCAGUCUGACACGCGGUACAAGGGGAGGGUGGUGACCCGGAGACAGCUGCUGGAUGAAGAGGAGGAAGAGGAUGACACCGAGGAGGAGGAAGCUGAUCAAAAAUGUAACAAACCAUACUUGAAAGAGAAGAAGGUGAAGUUGGAGGGGGAAGAAGAAAUCAGCGAAAAAGAUGAAGAUGAGAGUGAAGAAGAAGAGGAAGAUAUGGAGGAGGAGGAAGAUGACGAUCAUUGUGAGGAAGAGGAGGAAAUUCAGGAUGGUGAUUCCCUGCAGGAUUCUGAUAAUGCCUCCUUGAUGAAGACCUCUGACUCCUUAAUGGACUAUCAUCGUCUGGCGGAGGGCGUGGAGGAUCUGGAAGUUAGCGAGGAAGAUGACGAUGAGGAGGAGAGUGGAGAGUCUGGAGAAAGUGAUGAAGAAGAUGAAUCUGUUGAGGAAGAGGAGGGUGUGCACACAUUUUCUCAGGACAAAGUGGACGGGGAGGUGGAGAAGGGGAUGGCUGUGAGGAACCAGCUGGCUCUGUGGGACCAGUUCCUUGAGGCCCGGAUCAAGAUCCAGAAGGCUCUGGUGUCGGCUAACCAGCUGCCGCAGCCUCACACCUUCCCAGAGUUCCAGAAGAGGGGCGGCACAGAGCUGCAGGGGGUGCUGGGAAACACCCACAAGGCUUUGAAGGCCCUCCAGAGGUCCCUGCUGGAGCUGCAGGACCUGCUGCUGGAGCAAAACCCAGACACGAAGAGCAUAGCGGGUCACAGUGAAGAUGAAGAGCUUGUCAGUGAUGAAGAGCAUGCAGAGCGGCGAGCGCCGAAGCGAAAGCUGGAGAUGGCGGACUACCCAGCCCUCAUGGCCAAACGCUUCUCCUCCUUUGAGUCUUUCCGCACCGCCACGCUGCAGAAGUGGGACGACAGAACCAGGCUGGCGGGGGGCCGCGGCGGCGGGGGCUUCGGGGCCUUUGACAGGAGUGUUGUGACCCAGGUGCAGCAGGUGCUGGAGGACAAGGAGAGGCUGGUGCAGCGUACCCAGAUGCAGCGCUCCGAGUACAGAGUUCUGGGGAGAACGGAGAAGCGCCUGGACACAUGUGAGAACACAGGCGAGCAGGAGGGGCUGCCGGCCUCCCUCAAACCCAACAGCCACCUCAAACAUCUAGACGAGGACAUCUUCGACGACGACGACUUCUACCACCAGCUCCUGAGGGAGCUGAUCGAGCGCAAGACCAGCGCGACGGAUUCGAACGAGCAGCUGGCCACGGGCCGGCAGUGGCUGGCCAUCCAGAAGCUGCGCAGCAAGAUGAAGAGGAAGGUGGACACCAGAGCCAGCAAGGGCCGCAAGAUCCGCUUCCACGUCCACUCCAAGCUGCUCAACUUCAUGGCGCCGAUGGACAACAGCUCCAUGAGUGACGAGGCGCGCAGCGAGCUUUUCCGCAGCCUGUUUGGACAGAGCACCCUCCUGAGGCCGGAGUGUAAUCUAUUACUGCAGGACAGCAAAGUAAAGGAGUAGUUUUUUCAGUCACUGUCAAAAUCUGAGGGUGGAAAUCUGUAAUCUGGUUUGAAAUGUAAUCUUGUUUCCUUUAAUAAAAUUUGACAAAAGUGCAUAGGUUUCUGCUCUGCUAGUGGGAGGGAGGAAUAAGUCAGUGGAAAAGUUUGAAAAAAAGUACUGAAGCUCAAACUUUAUUCAACUCAUAAACAAACAGUUCAAGGACAGCAGUACAGUGGCCCAGAAGGGUCACAACUCUUUAGAUUUUGCAACACAGCAUAAAAUAGCACACUACAAUUCAUCACAACACCAAACAAAUUAACUCACAACACAAACCAAUAACUUACGACACUUGAACUCACAACACAACAGUUGAACUCAAAAUGGAAGUUAAAUUCAACAGAAGUUGCUGUGCUUUUAUUCUGAAAUUCCACUGGGCUAAAACAUUGGUGGUCACGUCUCCAUUCAGGGUUCAUAAACUCGUUCAAAGAUUCUCCUGCAGUUUCUCUGAAGCUGAGAUUUGUCUGUAUGUCAGCCGCUUCCUUCCGUGUGUUUCUGUGACCCACUUUGCAGGCCCUCUCAAUAAUCCGAGAGGGGAAAAUAAAAA